CAGGCAACACGUCCGAGCGGAGGCGGCGGAGGCCUGCGGCGGGGGGCCGAGCCUGGGCUGACGACAGCGCCAGCGCCCUCCUCCCUCCCCCGCCCGCCAUCGAAUUAUAGGGAGCAGCGAGCGGAGCUGGACCUGGACCGUCGCGUCGCCGCGCGUCGCGUGCGGGAUGGCAAACGAAGAUUGCGCGUAGAAGGCCACGGCCGGGCCGGGGCGGGCGUCGUCCAUCGUCCAUGCACAAAAAGCAGUGAACCCCGUUCGCGCACUGGCUCAUGCAGCUGGCCGGCUGCAUUGUAAUUUCGCACAAUAGGUAGGCGAAGAAGCACCAUGUCCCGCCCCCCGAAUGACAACCUGCUCACCUACAAGCUCGUGGUGGUGGGGGACGGGGGCGUGGGGAAGAGCGCGCUCACCAUCCAGUUCUUCCAGAAGCUCUUCGUCACAGACUACGACCCCACCAUCGAGGACAGCUACAUCCAGCACACGCAGGUGGACGGACAAUGGUGCAUAUUGGAUGUUCUGGACACAGCUGGUCAGGAAGAGUUCAGCGCCAUGCGAGAGCAGUACAUGCGAAAGGGUGAUGGUUUUCUUCUGGUCUAUUCAGUAACAGAUAAACAGAGCUAUGAAAAUAUUGUCAAUUUUCAUACACAGAUAUUGAGGGUGAAAGAUAGAGAUCAGUAUCCCAUGCUGCUUGUAGCCAACAAAGUUGAUCUGGUUCAUCUGCGAAAAGUGACAGAAGAAGCAGGCCGUGAACUUGCUCACAAAUUAGCAAUUCCUUACAUAGAAACAAGUGCCAAAGACCCUCCGCUCAAUGUGGAUGCAGCCUUCCAUGAGGUUGUGAGAAUAAUUCGUAACCAGCCUCCGGCUGAACUGGAGAAAUGCCGCCGAAAGCGGCGUAGACCAUCUAAAUGUAACUUGUUGUAAUUUUCUGUAAUAUUUGGAGAAAUAUUUUUGUGGUGUUCAUUGGCAGAAUAGUUGGACAACAUUGGUUAUACUGCCCUUGAAGAUAAGUAUUUAAAUGUUGUGAAAUUUUAAAAAAGCAUUAUAUGUGCUUAAAAGAAAUAAAAAUACGUAUGUAUUUGGUGUCAUGGAAAUGAUUGUUAUGAAAAGAUAUGUAAAUGGGUGUUUCUUCGGUAAAGUAUUAGUCAUGCUGAUCAUAAGUCACAUAAAGAAGCUGGAGCUACAAAUUAUGUCUGCGAACUAACACAACUACAGGACAAUGCAAUGGUUCAACCACAGUUUUGGAUUGCUUUUACAUGUGACAAUAAACAAGUAUUAAGUCAAUGGUAAGUGGUGUUGUCAUAGUGUCCUGUGACUGUCUGGAUGGUGCAAUGUAUUAAUGUACUGUAUGUGAAUCCUGGAUAUUAUUUGCAAUUUAAAUUGCUUUAUCUUCUUUAAGUGCUUGUAUGUGCAUGUGUGAGUGUGAUAGAAAACUUUUAGAGAAAGUAAUAUAGCAUUUCUGCUUAAUGGCUCCCGUGGCAUAUUUUUGUUAAAAUGUAUUAUUUACCAACAAAGCUUUAACUAGAAUAUAUGUAUACAGUAUUGAUAUUAUGUCCAAUAGAACUGAGCGCUCUUGAUGGUCUUUUUGACGUACUGUGUGAUUUCAUAUGUAUUAUGAAUAAUAUACACAUUUUUGUAAUACUGUAUUACAUGAUAACUUUUCUUUUUAACCAAAUGUAUUAAUGUUCAAAAGAAAUGGAAAAAAAAAUUUAAACCUGAAACUAUCUAAAAGAAAUCUAUUUAAGUCUGUCAUUGCUGUGGCAAUUAAAAGUGGUCUUUAAUGUUUCUAAUAAUUUGUAUUCUGUAUUAUUUUGCAACCUUGAUGACUUUUCUUUCCAAUUCCAUAUUCCCUCUGUAAGUGGAGCUUCCAUACUAUACUGGUUAUCAAUGAAACAAGUUGAAAUAGAAUAAGUAUUGCUUUUGCACACAGUGAAUUGGCUGAGAGGUUCCAAAGAGAGAUGAAUUUCAUGACAAUGUUAUUACAUUUGUGUGUGUAUUCAAACGCGUGUUUUUUUUAUACUAUCUCGAUUUCAAAUCCAUUUUUUAAUGUGUUAUUUCUUUUAUUCUUAUAAUUUUGCCAUAGUUGAGGUAAAAAGUUACUCAUUUGUUUCAAAUACCAUAUUUUUGUCUUAAAAAGGCCCCGUUAUAAUGAAGUCAUUAUAAUACUAGCAAAUCCAUUAAAAAUUAAUGCCAUAUUUAGAUUUAACAGCAUCCAUACAUGUGUGCUGAUUAAACAUAAUUGCAUCACUUUAUAUGAAAAUUGUAAGAAGGUGGGUUCCUGUCACUUACAGUCAAUGAAAAGUUGUAUAAUCCUAAUCAUAAUGAUAGUUAAAGCAAACUUGAAUUUCACUGACAGUCACAGAUAGAUAUGUGGCUGAAUUGCAGUGGAUUGACGAUAUACUAUCAGCUCCAAAUGUUUAAUAAAAACAGAACAAGAAUCGAUGAAGGUGCAAAUAAAUAGUACAAAUGACAUGACUUUAAUCUGGUCCUGGGUAUUGAUCUAUAACCUGUACAAACUUGAACAAAAAUUACUACUUUAGUGUUUAAAUUAGAUAUUGUCUAUUGCCUAUCGACAAUAAAAUAGUCUAAAAAAGUUGUAGUAACACUACUUGCCAUCCUCUAUUAAAAUAACCUUGUUUUACUGACCUUAUCUAUGAUGACAAUUUUUUGUUCAGCUUCGUAUAAGACAUAUAAGCACUGAUGUUUAUUUUGAUGGAAACUGUGAGUUAAAUAUAUAUCAAAAGUAAAAAUGUAUAAAAGUAAACACCUAGAAAUGUAAUAAUUUUGAAUUGGGCUUUUCUGCUCAAAGUAAUACCUUAGUUUGAGGUCAGAUUACAUUGGGCCAUACAAUCUGCCCAAUCUUACUGUAUCUUAUAUUUCAAGCUGAGUGUAAUAGAAUUUAUGACUAACAAGAAUAUCCUCAAUCUCUUUGAAACAGAUUAGAGCCUAAUCAAAGAAGGUGGUAAUCAAAAAAAAAAACUUAAAGUACAAAUAAAAAUAAAAACAAAUUAAUCACUUAGGAAACAUAAUUAAAACACCUUGACAAUUUAAAUUGCAUGAUGCAAACUAACAAUAUUAUCAUACAAUUUAGAGAUAUAAAAACUGAGUGCUCUAAAUGAUAAUUAUCUACGCCAGUGUACUGAAGUUUGAUUUUUUCUAGUGUUGCUGCUUUCUUAGGCUUAAACAUUUCUUUUAGAAAGUAAGUAGAUAUUGGCCAGAGCACACAUCAUAAAGAUCUAGUUACUGAAAAUGACCACUUUCAAGCAUGUGCAAGAAAAAAAGCAUUUAAAAAUGAUAAAAGAACUCAUUGGUGAUGAACAAUCUCCUUGUGACAGAAUUGGCGUUUUUACAUUCUCGUAUCACAAUUUGCUUGUUCUUUAGUUUGAUAAGAAAAUUUCCAAAGAAAACUAAAAAUUGUGGCCUUAAAAUAAAAAAAAUAUGAUAUCUCAUAUGUGACCAUUACAAUUUAUUGGU